AUGUUAUCAUUCGUGGCACCUUCGUCACGAUUGCAGGGUGCAACAACCGAAUCAGUCACAAUUGCGAUGCAUUCGGAAUCGAGACAAGUGGGAAAAGAACCAUACAUUCUUUUGUCUACAGCGAUUGUCAAUGUUAUUGGCAAUAGCGGAAACUUUGAAAACGCUAGAGUCAUUUUAGAUGCAGGCUCACAGAGCAACUUUAUGACGAGAGAACUAUGCUCGAGAUUGAAUUUACCUGUAAGGAAAGUUGAUAUAAAGGUCAUUGGUUUAAAUAGUUCUACAUCUAAUGCAUGCCUGAGAACAACAGCCACAAUAAAAUCUUCAACAAGUAAUUUUUCAGUAAAAUUAUCAUUUUUAGUAGUUAACAAAAUCACGGAAUGUAUUCCCACGGUCUCAUUUGAUGCCAGUAAAUUAGGAAUUCCUGAAUCGGUAACAUUAGCCGAUCCUACUUUCAAUGUUUCAAAUCAGAUAGACGUAUUAAUUGGCACGGAAAUAUAUCAUGAUUUAUUAGCAAUAGGAAGAAUAAAGUUGGGUACUGGUAAGCCUACCCUGGUGAAGUCGAGGCUAGGGUGGAUUUUGUCAGGUCCGAUUUUAUUUCAUGAUCCGAAACAGACAAGGCAUUGUAACUUGUCUUCUAAUCAAGAUGGUCAGGACAUACUAGAACAAUUUUGGCAUAUUGAAGACGUGGAAAUUCCAUCAGUUCGUAAGGAAUCUGAAUGUGAACGCAUAUUCAGGGAAACUUUAAACACAGACGAAUCAGGCCGAUAUGUAGUUCAGCUUCCUAUGGUAAAUUCAGGUCUGAGGUUGGGCAAUUCAUUGGACACGGCGAUUUCCCGAUAUUAUGCGUUGGAAAGAAAAUUGAACAGCGACCCAGAAUUGCAUAGGAGAUAUCACGAUUUCAUGACACGAGUACCAAUCGUUGGGACAUGUCUGAGUUGA